UUAGUCGUUUUUUGUAAAGAAAAUUGCAUGUCAAUUUCGCUUUAAAAUGAAAUAGACAUUUUGUACCAGCGCGAGUUGUCUACAAUACAUAUUUUGUUGUUAUUGCCCCGUAAAUAAAUAUAUUUCCGCUUUCGUUGACUGUUCGAAGCCGUAGCGAGAAAGGUCCUCACCGUUACCAGCUUGUUAGCACACAACAACAUGUCAAUAGAGGCAGUGUAUGUGAAGAUGGAGCCGGGAGAGGUGUGUGUGAAGAUGGAGCCCGGAGAGGUGCGUGUGAAGGAGGAGCCGGAGUGCGAGGACAGUGCCUGGCAAGGAGUGAUCGUGGCGGCUGCGGAGGCUGGACUGAAUGAUGAUCAUGUGGUCAAAGACGAGCUCGUGCUGGGCCCCGAGGAGCGGCACCGCCCUAAACUGCUCCCAUUACAAGUCUGUUCGGAGAGUAGCGCCGCCCGCGCCAGGGAACAGCUCGCGAUGGCGUGUACCGUGGUGCUCGAGCGCCUCCGCGACGACGCGACUUUUCACAGUGAAGACAAACGAUAUGCCUGCGAACACUGUGGCAAGCGUUUCAGAAACAAGUCUAUUUUAAGAAAACAUAUUCAACACACGCACUUAUCGACCGGACAAAAACCAUUUGCUUGCGACUUUUAUAUUUCUACGUUUCACACCGAAUCGCUUGUAAUAGAACACGAGAAAACUGAACUUCGUUUUACUAAUUUCAUGUGUGCUGAAUGUGUGUAUACAACAAGUUCCAAGAAAAGUUUGAAGACUCAUUUAAAAACUCACGCUUUGGAGAAGAGUUACACAAGCUCGUGUAAAAGUAAUUUACACAAACACCAAACAGUUUACAUUAAUGGAAAACCUUUUAACUGUAGUGACUGUGAUUUCAAAUGCAGAGUUGAAUCAAACCUGCGACGUCACCAGAAGAUGCACAACCGGAGGCACCAGAGAAUACUCACUGGAAAACAGCCUUACAAAUGUAGUCAUUGCGACUACAAGUGCAGUGCUAGUUCUAUGUUACGAAGACACGAAAGGACACAUACUGGCAAGAAGCCUUUUACGUGCAGGUACUGUGAUAAAAAAUUCAGUCAGGAAGGAAAUUUAUUUCGGCAUCAGAUAAUACAUACUGGCGAGAAGCCAUUUCAAUGUAGCCACUGUGACUACAAAUGCAACUUUAGGUCAUUGUUACGAAUACACGAAAGGACACAUACUGGCGAGAAGCCAUUUCAAUGUAGCCACUGUGAUUACAAAUGCAGUCGGAAAGCAAACUUAAAAGCACACCAUUGGAUACAUACUGGAGAAAAGCCUUACAAAUGUAGUCAUUGCGACUACAAGUGCAAGUUUAGGUCAAACUUACGACAACAUGAAAGGAUACAUACUGGCGAGCAGCCUUUUACGUGCAGGUACUGUGAUUACAAAUGCAGCUUUAGGUCAUUGUUACAAACACAUGAAAGGACACAUACUGGCGAGAAGCCUUUUCAAUGUAGCCACUGUGAUUACAAAUGCAGUCAGAAAACACACUUAAAAAAACACCUGCAGAGGAUACAUACUGGAGAAAAGACUUACAAAUGUAGUAAUUGCGACUACAAGUGCAACAGUAGGUCAAAGGUACUACAACAUGAAAGGAUACAUACUGGAGGAAAGCCUUACAAAUGUAGUCAUUGCGACUACAAGUGCAACCGUAGGCCAGGCUUACGUAGACAUGAAAGGACACAUACUGGCGAGAAGCCUUUUCAAUGUAGCCACUGUGAUUUCAAAUGCGGUGAUAAAUCCCACCUACGACUUCACCAUAUGACACAUACUGGCGAGAAGCCUUUUCGAUGUAGCCACUGUGAUUACAAAUGCCGUAAUAAAUCCAACCUACGACGUCACCAGAAUAUGCAUACUGGGACGAAGCCUGAAAACGUAGCAAUAGCGACUACAAGUGCAGCCUGAAACAGCACCUGCGAAGACACCAGAUGAUACACACGGAAGAGAAGCCUUGUAGGGAACGUUCACGUUGGAGGGUAUGGAGGCGAAGUGGUCAGACAUGUGGCUUCCAAGCCGGAGGUCGUAGCUCUAACUCCAGACACCACCGACUUUCUCGGGACUUGUGUACGUACGAAACAGCAUUUGAUAUUUAGGUACGAGUUGGUUUGGCGUUUGCUUGCUGAAGGAAAAUAUCGCGAGGAAACCAGCAUAAAGUAAAUAACUUUGUUCAGGGCGUACUGUCAGGCGUUCUACACCAGUCAGCUGUGGUACCAUUACACGAAACGAUCGUUCAAUAAGCUUCGAGUACAGUACAACAACGCGUUUCGUGCAAUGUUACGGCUACCGUGGCGGUGUAGUGCAUCUGGCAUGUUCGCCGUGAACAGAGUAGACGACUUUUACGCUAUAAAUAAUGCGUAAAAGGCACUGGUCGUUUGUCGGGAGAGUGAGCGAAUCGAUGAACAGCAUUGUUAGCGUAGUGUACGCAACCUACUGUAUGAGCAAGGCCUCCGCUGUAAAUAUUUAAUUAGUGUUAGAUUAGGUAAUAAUUAGUUUAGUUUAGAAUAGUAAAAUUUAAUAUAGAUUAGAAUGUAUAAAUUAGAUUAAUAUAAUGAUUAUUCUUAAUGUAAUGGGUUGAUACCUAAAUAAAUAACAUUUUUAUUUUUAAUAUUGUCUUCGGUUACCGCGAUAGUUACUCAUGAAAUAAAACUAUGAAAACGGAUUAUAUCGCGUAUAUUGAAUUUAUAAUACAUCCCGACGUUUCGAACUCUUUACAGCGUUCGUGGUCAACGGGUGACGGGUGAUUUUUAUUUUUAUUUAUUUAAAUGGCUGGCGUGAGGACGAUAGUAGCUCAAACCCCCUUGUGCAAUGAUAACCUUGUUCAAUAAAAGAAAACAUCAGUUAUCUUAAAGUUAUAUCUAUCUUUGGUUAUCUACAUAAUCUACAUCUCUCUCACUCUUGCACUAUUGGAGUGACAUGGAUAGAGAGUGACGAGGCUGCUGCGUGUGAAAAUACAUACAGCGAUGAGUGAGUGAGUUUAUUUCAGUUUACAUACAGUAAUUCAGUAUUCCACUAUAAUUACCGGAAUAAAGUGUACAUUAGACUUAAAUAGACCGGGAUAUGGACCGUGAUUACCCUUUGUAUUGUUUUCGAGCUCCCGAUAUUUCGACGCAAUUACAUGCAUCUUGUUCACGGGUAGGUAUAAUAUCGGAAGCUCGAAAAUAAUACAAAAGGUAAUCACGGUCUAUAUUAGUAGUGAAACUAA